ACAUUUCCAUUUUCCUCCUUGUCAAAUUUUUUAAAGGUUAUGAAAUAAUAGUGUAAAUAAAUAAACGUAAAUAGAUAAAAAUACUGCAAUAAAAAUAUUGUAAAGAAAAACGUGAUAGUUAUAUAAUUUUGUCGUUAAGAAAAUAGCUAAAUAUCUAAUUACAAAUUAAUAUACUAAUAGUCAUAUAAAAAAUUCGUAAAUCAUGUUUGGUGGUGUUUCAUUGUGCAAACAUUUUAAAAUGUGUAAAAUUAUGAUAAACCAGCGCAAUUUGUGCAGUUCAAUGAAACUUUUCAGCGUAGAUACAACUGGUACUGAAGACAAUUCAACUAAAGUUGGGGGAUUUGCUAAGUCUUAUGAAAAACAGAGUCAAUUAUUUCAAGAAGAGCCUGAACAAAAACAGUCGUUUGCAUCUUUACUCAGGAAUUCUAAGCUUAUGGAUCUUGGUGAUCCAUUGGAUAAAAUUGUUACUGGUAAAAUAUUUCACAUUGUCAAAGAUGAUUUAUACAUAGACUUUGGCUGGAAGUUUCAUUGUGUGUGCACAAGACCUACAAAUAGAGGUGAAGAAUAUGUGAGAGGAGCAAGAGUUAGAUUACAGAUAAAAGACUUGGAGCUCUCGUCAAGGUUUCUUGGUUCCAGUACUGACCUUACACUUUUGGAAGCAGAUUGCAAAUUGCUGGGCAUAAUUUAUUCACCGGUGCAGUCCUCGGUUAGUGAUAAAAGUCCUUAGAUUUCUGUUGUAAUAUUGUUUAAAAUAAAUAAAGUAGUUGAUAUUUA